AAAAGCUUGACCUAGGUUACACAUCAAUAAAUUGGAUUGCAGAGGGACAGAGAAACCCUAGGGAGGAAGCAGCGGCAACAGAGGAGAGAAGAUGAAGUUCAAUCCACGAGUGUCGAGCAGCCGCCGCAAGAGCCGAAAGGCUCACUUCACGGCGCCGUCGAGCGUGCGGAGGGUGCUGAUGAGCGCCCCUCUGUCGGCGGAGCUCCGGUCGAAGUACAACGUGCGGUCGAUCCCAGUCCGCAAGGAGGACGAGGUGCAGGUGGUGCGCGGAACAUACAAGGGUCGCGAGGGGAAGGUGACGCAGGUGUACCGUCGCAAGUGGGUCAUCCACAUCGAGCGCAUAACCCGCGAGAAGGUGAAUGGCUCCACCGUCAACGUUGGGAUUCACCCCUCCAAGGUGGUUGUCACAAAGCUCAAAUUGGACAAGGAUCGCAAGGCCAUUCUCGAUCGCAAGGCCAAGGGUCGUGCCGCCGCCGAUAAGGAGAAGGGUACCAAGUUCGCUCCCGAAGACAUCAUGCAAACCGUUGAUUAGUCUCUUUAUCAUACAAACCAAUUUUAUGUAUGGGUUUUGGUAGCCUUUUUCUAUCUCUCCAUUUUGCAGGAUUUUGUUUUCUUUUCUUAUGUUAAUCAAACUGUUUUAUCCCAUGAGCUUAUCAUUAACUAUUUUAAUUCGUUUUCAUGCGUGAGGACAGUGAUGCCAGUUAUUUCAAGCGAAUCUCUAUCUCGCUCGCACCUACGGAUUGUGUUGUAUUUUUCGUUAACGUCUCCGUUAUGUGGCUAAUGCUGAAUAUUCUUCAUUUGUAUGUGAAAAUUUAGUACUAGAAUGAAUGCCCUGGUGAUGUAGGACACUUUUUGUUUCUC